AUGUGCAUGUGUACGUGUGCACUUGGGUGGGGGCCAGACAGAGCCUUGAAGCAGCCACCCGGCAGAUGUCGUCAGCGUUUCUCUUUUUUUCCCCAUGCAGUUAACAAGCACAAGCCCUGGCUGGAGCCCACCUACCACGGCAUAGUCACGGAGAAUGACAACACGGUGCUGCUCGACCCCCCCCUCAUCGCCCUGGAUAAAGACUCACCACUGCGAUUUGCAGAGAGUUUUGAGGUGACAGUCACCAAAGAAGGUGAGAUUUGUGGCUUUAAAAUUCACGGGCAGAAUGUCCCCUUUGACGCUGUGGUCGUGGAUGAGUCCACGGGCGAGGGAGUGAUCCGCUCCACGGGGAAGCUGGACUGUGAACGACAGAAAGACUACACGUUCACCGUGCAGGCCUACGACUGCGGGAAGGGACCCGACGGCGCUGGGGUGAAGAAAUCGCACAAAGCGACCGUGCACAUCCAGGUGAACGACGUGAACGAGUACGCGCCCGUGUUCAAGGAGAAGUCGUACAAGGCAGCCGUGGUGGAGGGGAAACAGCACGGCAGCAGCAUCCUCAGGGUGGAGGCCGUGGAUGCAGACUGCUCCCCUCAGUUCAGCCAGAUCUGCAGCUACGAGAUUCUCACCCCAGACGUGCCGUUCACUGUAGACAAAGACGGUUAUAUUAAAAACACAGAGAAGCUGAACUACGGCAAAGAGCAUCAGUAUAAGCUCACGGUCACGGCCUACGACUGUGGGAAGAAGAGGGCCGCAGAGGACGUGCUAGUGAAGAUCAGCGUCAAGCCAACCUGCACCCCUGGGUGGCAAGGCUGGAACAACAGGAUUGAAUAUGAGCCCGGCACGGGGGCACUGGCUGUCUUCCCAAGCAUCCACUUGGAGACCUGUGAUGAGCCUGUCGCCUCAGUGCAGGCCACAGUGGAGCUGGAGACCCGCCACAUAGGGAAAGGCUGCGACCGAGACACCUACUCAGAGAAGUCCCUUCACCAGCUCUGUGGGGCUGCUGCUGGCACCUCGGAGCUACUUCCUUCCCCCAGUAGCUCCUUGAACUGGACUGUUGGCCUCCCCACUGACAACGGCCACGACAGCGACCAGGUCUUUGAAUUCAAUGGCACGCAGGCGGUGAGGAUCCCGGACGGCGUCGUGUCCCUCGACCCUAAAGAGCCUUUUACAAUUUCUGUGUGGAUGCGGCACGGGCCUUUUGGCCGGAAGAAGGAGACAAUUCUCUGCAGCUCAGACAAAACAGAUAUGAACCGACACCAUUACUCACUCUAUGUCCAUGGGUGCAGACUGAUUUUCCUCCUCCGUCAGGACCCGUCUGAGGAGAAGAAAUACAGGCCUGCAGAGUUCCACUGGAAGUUGAACCAGGUCUGUGAUGAGGACUGGCACCACUUUGUCCUCAACGUGGACUUCCCAAGUGUGACUCUGUAUGUGGACGGCGUCUCUCACGAGCCCUUCUCUGUGACAGAAGACUACCCGCUUCAUCCCGCCAAGAUAGAGACUCAGCUUGUGGUCGGAGCUUGCUGGCAAGAGUAUUCAGGAGUCGAAAGUGGCAAUGAGACCGAGCCUGUGACUAUGGCCUCUGCAGGUGGUGACCUGCACAUGACACAGUUUUUCCGAGGUAACCUGGCUGGCCUCACAGUCCGUUCUGGGAAACUGGCAGAUAAGAAGGUGAUUGACUGUCUCUACACCUGCAAGGAGGGACUGGACCUGCAGAUCCCUGAGGGCGGCAGCAGAGGAGUGCAGAUCCAAGCCGGCUCCAGCCAGGCGGUGCUGACCUUGGAGGGAGAUGACGUCGGAGAGCUGGAUCAGGCCAUGCAGCGCGUGUCCUACCUGAACUCAAGGCAGUUCCCCACGCCGGGCCUCCGCAGGCUCAGAAUCACCAGCACGGUCAAGUGUUUUAAUGAGGCGGCUUGCAUUGAGAUUCCUCCAGUUGAAGGCUACGUGAUGGUUUUGCAGCCAGAAGAACCCAAGAUCAGCCUGAGCGGGGUCCACCACUUUGCCCGGGCGGCUUCUGAGUUUGAGAGCCCAGAGGGCGUUUCCCUCUUCCCUGAGCUUCGAAUCAUCAGCACGAUCACCAGAGAAGUGGAGCCAGAGGGGGAUGGGGCUGAGGACCCCACAGUGCAAGAGUCCCUGGUGUCGGAGGAAAUUGUGCAUGACCUGGACACCUGCGAGGUCAUGGUGGAAGGGGACGAGCUGAACCCAGAGCAGGAGAGCCUGGAGGUGGACAUGGCCCGCCUCCAGCAGAAGGGCAUCGAAGUGAGCCGCUCUGACGUGGGCGUGGUCUUUACAGGCGUGGACACCAUGGCUAGCUAUGAGGAGGUUUUGCACCUCCUGCGCUAUCGGAAUUGGCAUACCAGGUCCCUGCUUGACAGGAAGUUCAAGCUCAUUUGCUCAGAACUAAAUGGUCGCUACCUCAGCAAUGAAUUCAAGGUGGAGGUGAAUGUCAUCCACACAGCCAACCCUGUGGAACACACCAAUCACAUGGCUGCCCAGCCGCAGUUCGUCCACCCUGAACAUCGGUCCUUUGUUGACCUGUCUGGACACAACCUGGCCAAUCCUCACCCGUUUGCAGUUGUCCCCAGCACGGCGACAGUUGUGAUUGUGGUGUGCGUCAGCUUCCUGGUCUUCAUGAUCAUCCUGGGCGUGUUUCGGAUCCGAGCUGCACAUCAGAGAACGAUGAGGGACCAGGACACCGGGAAGGAGAACGAGAUGGAUUGGGACGACUCUGCCUUGACCAUCACUGUCAACCCCAUGGAGACGUACGAGGACCAACACAGCAGUGAAGAGGAGGAGGAGGAAGAGGAGGAAGAGGAGAGUGAGGAUGGGGAGGAGGAGGAGGAUAUCACCAGUGCAGAGUCGGAGAGCAGCGAGGAGGAGGAAGGCGGCCCUGGGGACGGCCAGAACGCUACCCGACAGCAGCAGCUGGAAUGGGAUGACUCGACACUCAGCUACUAAGAUACACGCCUCAACACCUGCCCUCCCCGAACUCUGUCCUAGCCAUCCCCCAGCCCACGGGUCCACGAUGUACAAAAUCAUUUCGGCCAGCAGGUCUGCAGACCCCUCUCCCUCCCUUUGCUGAAUGUCAGCCUGUGCUUGGUGUGUGGGACCACAGGCUCUGCCUUCCGCCCUCCCUGCCCAUCAUCACACUUGUAGUUUUUCUAGGAGCUGGCCCCCACCCCAGCGUCAGUCAGGGAGUGGACACCAGCACCUCGACCCUCCAGAAUCUGCAGUCAGUGGACUUGAUGACAAAGGGUAACAGUUACUCCCACUCAGUAAUCAUUUCUC